AUGCCCCGGAUCAAGACCAAACGCACCAAAGCCGCACCCGACGGCUUCGACAAGAUCCAGCCCACUCUGAUAGACUUCGAUCUGCAACUGAAGGAAGUACAAGACCAACAAGCCUCGAAACUCAAAGCCAAAGCCAAUGAAGGAACUUGGAAAGUCUUGCGCAUCACUCAUGAGCGGUCCCGGUACAUCUACAGUCUGUACUACAAACGCAAAGCCAUUUCCAAAGAGCUUUACGAAUGGCUGUUACGUGAGAAGUACGCUGAUAAGAUGCUUAUCGCCAAGUGGAAGAAGCGUGGAUAUGAAAAGCUGUGUUGUCUGCGGUGUAUACAAAGUACGGAAUCGAGUUCCGAGGGCAACACCUGUAUAUGCAGGGUACCAAGAAGCGUGCUAGAGAAGAAUAGCGAAGAUGGAGUGGUCACAUUUACCAGAUGUGUUCAUUGUGGUUGUGCUGGGUGUGCCAGCAGCGACUAG